UAUAAACUCCUCUAUUUUUACACACACAAAUAUUCAUAAACGCUCCAUCUAUUUUCAGUUUAAUUUUACACAAAAAUGGCAAGAGCACCUGCUUCUGUUUCUCCUGCUUCAACCCCACUUCUAAAAGAUGAGCUUGACAUAGUUAUUCCCACUAUUAGAAACCUCGAUUUCUUGGAAAUGUGGAGACCUUUUUUCCAGCCAUACCAUCUUAUUAUUGUUCAAGAUGGUGACCCUUCUAAGGUCAUUAAAGUUCCUGAAGGGUUUGAUUAUGAGCUUUAUAAUCGUAAUGACAUAAACAAAAUUUUGGGUCCUAAGGCUUCUUGUAUCUCUUUCAAAGAUUCUGCUUGUCGUUGCUUUGGUUACAUGGUGUCUAAGAAGAAGUAUAUCUACACCAUUGAUGAUGAUUGCUUUGUAGCUAAAGAUCCAACAGGCAAGGAAAUUAAUGCGCUUGAGCAACACAUCAAAAAUCUGUUGUCCCCAUCAAGUCCAUUUUUCUUCAACACAUUGUAUGAUCCCUACAGAGAGGGUGCAGAUUUUGUCCGUGGUUACCCAUUCAGUCUCCGUGAAGGUGUACCAACUGCAGUUUCACAUGGUCUCUGGCUCAAUAUCCCUGAUUAUGAUGCACCUACACAGCUUGUCAAGCCUCUUGAAAGGAACACCAGGUAUGUUGAUGCUGUUAUGACAAUCCCUAAGGGAACCCUCUUCCCCAUGUGUGGCAUGAAUUUGGCAUUUGACCGUGAGUUGAUUGGCCCUGCAAUGUACUUUGGACUCAUGGGCGAUGGACAGCCUAUUGGACGCUACGAUGACAUGUGGGCUGGCUGGUGCACCAAGGUGAUAUGUGAUCACUUAGGAUUGGGAGUGAAGACAGGUCUGCCAUACAUAUGGCACAGCAAGGCCAGCAAUCCAUUUGUGAACCUGAAGAAAGAAUACAAGGGUAUAUACUGGCAAGAGGAGUUGAUUCCAUUCUUCCAAUCUGUUGCCCUCCCAAAGGACUGCACUUCUGUCCAAAAAUGCUACCUUGAACUCUCCAAACAAGUGAAGGCAAAGCUUGGCAAGGUGGAUGAUUACUUUAACAAGCUGGCUGAUGCCAUGGUCACAUGGAUUGAAGCAUGGGACGAGCUCAAUCCAUCGGCUGCCACUGCGACUGCUGUCAAAUUACCCAAUGGUAGCACAAAAUAGACAAAUAUAGAGUAUUAUCGCGCUUAGCUCCCCUUUGGUUAUAGGCGGUUGUAUUACUAUCAUCAUUUUCUGCGUUCUAGGCUUUUUUCUUCUUCUUUUUUUAAUUAUAUUUUGCAGUGAGGAUGUUGUUAUUCUUGUUGUGUCCGGAGAGUUGAGGACAAUAUCUAUGCGACUAUGCCAUUUGAUUUAAAUCAAAACCAUCAUUAUUAUAA